AAGGGAACAGUUAUUUCUGGGUGCCAAACCUGUCCUGGUGCUGUUCCCCAGCACAGGCUGCCGGGAGAGGUGCAGCUCUGGGAAAAGCCACCUUCAGCAGCUCCCAUCCAGGCAGGAAUGGGGGGGGGGAUGUUGGUUUCCUUUUCUAUUUUACGCUUGGACGUUUAUUUUAUGACUCUGGACGUUGGUACGUGGUUGUGAAACCUCAGCUCAUGGUGUGGGGGAUGGAGCCUGAAGUCACUCCCACAGGCAGGAAGUCUGCACCUGAUACUGGGCAAAGGUUUGGAUUUAUUGGGCAGCCUGGUGCCUCCCACAGAUCGUGCCCGUCCGGUGAGCGACUUUUCUUUCCGCAGGGGAUUUAGAAUAUUUCCUUUUCUUUUGAGUCUUGUCAGGGAUUUGGAAUAAACGCUGGUGAGGGGGAGUGGGGCAGAGCAGGGGGCUGCACCGGGGAGCUGUGUGCAGUCCCGCCCUUGAGCAACGGUUUGUUCAGCCGUUGGGGUGCUGGUGCAGGUGGUUUGGUGGGAUUUCUGGAGCCUCUCUGGGGGCAAGUGCAGCCCUUCUUCCCCAUCCCCUCUCCACCAGCUGUAACCCCCCAUCGCCCUCCCUCUGCCUCCCUUCCCCUCCCUCUUCUCCAGCUCCAGACGCAGAUGUGGCUACUCCUGAGUUAUUUGGUGACUCUGCUCAUCCUGCGGCUGGGAUCAGCUGACUUCAGAGUGGUGGGACCAGACCACCCUCUCCAUGUCACCGUGGGUCAGGACAUCGUGCUGCCAUGUCACUUGUCCCCCAGCAUGGAUGCUCGGAGCUUGGACAUCAGGUGGAUCCGGCCCCAGGUCUCUGAAACAGUGCACCACUACCGAAACGGAGAGAACCUGUAUGGGGAGCAGCUGAGGGAAUAUUUUAGAAGGACAGAGUUGAUCAGAGAUGGUCUCUCCCGUGGAAGCCUGGACUUGCGAAUCUCUGGGUUGAGACCCUCUGACGAUGGUCAGUACGUCUGCACGGUGACAGAUGGUGCCUCUUAUGGAGAAGCUACGGUGGAUCUGGAGGUGUCAGCCACAGGCUCUGUCUCUCAACUCUCCCUGGAGGGUUACGAGGACGGGGGCAUCCGGGUGGUGUGUCAAUCGGCCGGCUGGUAUCCACAACCAGAGGUGCUAUGGAAAGAUCCCAACGGGCGGCGUCUCCCCUCGGUCUCCCAGAGACGUUCCUCGGAUGAGAGGGGCCUCUUUGACAUCGAAGAUGUCAUCGUUGUGACCGAUGGGAACAGAGAUGGGAACUGGUCCUGCGUGGUCAGGAACAGCCGCCUCAACCAGGAGCAGGAGACGUCCCUGCACAUCUCAGUGCUGCAGUCCCGAGAGCUGGAGAAACAAAAUACAGCACUGAAUGGGGAACUGGUUGAACUUACGGAGGAAAGAGAUGCAGCUCUGGAGAAACGAGAUGCAGCACUGGAGGAACAAGAUGCAGCACUGAAAUCCUGGAGAAAGUUUCUGCUUCCCCACAAUCCAGACGUGGUGACCCUGGAUCCAAAGUCGGCUCAUCCUGAACUUGUCCUGUCAGCGGAUGGGAGAAGUGUGAGAAGGGGAAGAGCACGGCAGGACCUGCCCAACACCCCUGAGAGAUUUGACACUCGGUGCUGUGUGCUGGGCCGGAAGGGGUUCAGGGAGGGGAGGCACUGCUGGGAGGUGGAGGUGAAGGGGGAGGUGGGAGGUGAUUCCUGGUGGGCUGUGGGGGUGGCCAGGGACUCUGUGAACAGGAAGGGGGAUAUGAACCUGAGCCCUGAAGGGGGGAUCUGGGGAGUGGAGGACUUGAAUGGGCAGUUUGAGUCUCUCACCUCUUCUCCCACCUCCCUGGGCCGGGCCCCCAGGAGACUCUGGGUCUGUCUGGACUGCACGCAGGGGCUGGUGACUUUCAUCGAUGCCAAGAGUGGGGUCGAGAUCUUCACUUUCCCACCAGCCUCGUUCAAUGGAGAGAUCAUCCGACCCUGGUUUUUGGUGGAUACACAGGAAACCCAGCUGUGCCUGAGGGGCAGAACCUCCUAGACCCUCUGCCCCCCUUCCAUCCCCACCUCAGCCCCGGACAGCCCCUGCCCUGCUGCAGACACUGCCCGCUCUCCUCUCCUCCAUCCCGCAGCAGCACAUGUCCCUCUCUGCCCUGCCCA